GUGGCGCGCUGUGAGAGACUUGAGGAGAGCUGGGCUCACGUUCACACAAGCUUGCCGAGGUCGUUGUGAGGAGUUCCUUGGAAUUUGGACUGGUGGCAAAAACCUGCCAACCCCAGCCCGAGCCCGAUGGCAUCUCAAGGCUCAUGACAGAUAUUCAGUCCCGAAACAUUGUUUUCAGUGCUGUAUGACAAACUUGCUGCCGCUUACAAGUCUUAGGAGCAAGUGAAAGACUAUCUACUCCCAUAUGAGCCUGUAUCAGAUGCCCUGUUCUAGGUACCACCUUCUGGGUCGCAAGCCUUCUGAGUCCCUCCCUGGGGUCUGAUUCUGUGCCCCCAUCUUCCUUCCCAUACAACUCUGGAACCUCCUGAGGACCAGGCGAGGUCUGGCUCAACCUACUCCCUGGGUUCAUCCGAGUCCAACUCCUCGAGCAUCAUCCUGAUCUGACCAGCCUCUCCAGGACAUUCUCAUGAGGCUCAUGGCAACUACCCACUCUAGAUUUUAUAUUAGCAUAAUUUUAGUUAGGGCUGUCAGGGGUCUGGUCCAAGUCCAGUUAAAAGAUAAAGAACCCUAAGCAAGCAGGAGCCUAGAAUUUGUCCACCAACAGUUAAGCGGCUGGAGAGCAGACCAACCAGGGGCACACUGGUCACUGUCUUCUGCACUAUGGUUGAAAUCACAGAGUUGCAUCAACUUCGGUGAGCUUAUAGAAAACCAAACUACAGUUUCUGUGAUUUGAUCUCUUUGUGUCAAAUGUUCAUCUCUCCAUCAACAACAAUGAGUUCAACAACACAACCAGAUGGAGUUUCGGGACGUGACCAGCUCUUGGCUCAGCAAAGAAUGCACAGCAUGAUCAGCUCAGUGGAUGUGAAGUCAGAAGUUCCUGUGGGAUUAGAACCUAUCACGCCAUUAGACCUGCAGACAGAUCUCAGGAUGAUGGUUCCCAUGGUGGACCCAAUGAUACGUGAAAAGCAGCUACAGCAGGAACUGCUCCUGAUCCAGCAGCAGCAGCAAAUUCAGAAGCAGCUCCUUAUAGCAGAAUUUCAGAAGCAGCACGAGAACCUGACGCGACAGCACCAAGCUCAGAUCCAGGAACACAUAAAGUUACAACAGGAACUCUUAGCCAUCAAGCAACAGCAAGAACUCAUUGAGAAAGAGCAGAAACUGGAGCAACAAAGGCAAGAACAGGAACUGGAAAGGCACCACAGGGAGCAGCUUCCUCCAAUCAGAAGCAAAGAAAGAAGCCGCGAAAGAGCAGUGGCCAGUACAGAAGUGAAGCAGAAACUUCAAGAGUUUCUAUUGAGCAAAUCUGCAACGAAAGACUCUCCAGCCAAUGGGAAGAACCAUUCCGUUAGCCGGCACCCCAAGCUCUGGUACACGGCUGCCCACCAUACCUCUUUGGAUCAAAGUUCUCCUCCCCUUAGUGGAACGUCCCCUUCCUACAAAUACACGUUACCAGGAGCACAAGAGGCCAAGGAUGAUUUCCCGCUUCGGAAAACCGCCUCCGAGCCCAACUUAAAAGUUCGCUCCAGAUUAAAACAAAAGGUGACGGAAAGGAGAAGCAGCCCUUUACUCAGGAGAAAGGAUGGAACUGCCGUCUGCUCCUUCAAGAAAAGAUUGUUUGAGGUGACAGAAUCAUCGGUCAGUAGCAGUUCACCAGUUUCAGGUCCCAGUUCACCAAGUAAUGCCCCUGCUGGGAAUACAGAGAACGACACCUCGGUGUUGCCAAUGAAUUCCCAAGCUGAGCAUUUGGUUCCACCACAACACAUUUGCAUCAGUGAAGAAUCAAUGAACCUUUUGAGUCUCUACACAUCCCCUUCUUUGCCCAACAUCACUCUGGGACUUCCAGCCGUGCAACCACAACUCAGUGCAUCAGCGCCAUUCAAAGAAAAACAGAAGUGUGAGACCCAGACAAUCAGGCAAGGAGUAGUUUUGCCAGGACAGUACAGAGGAAGCAUCUCUUCACCUUCUGCCCCUCAGCCAAUUGUCCUAGAAGGAAAGCCUAACAGUAGCCACCAAGCUCUCCUCCAGCAUUUAUUACUGAAGGAACAAAUGAGGCAGCAGAAACUCCUGGCUCCAGGAGGGGUGCCUCUUCAUCCUCAGUCUCCACUGGCAACAAAAGAAAGAGUCUCACCUGGCUUAAGAGUUGCACAUAAGUUACCUAGACACAGGCCACUAAAUCGGACCCAAUCCGCUCCGCUUCCUCAGAGCACCUUGGCACAACUUGUUAUUCAGCAACAGCAUCAGCAAUUUCUGGAGAAGCAAAAACAGUAUCAGCAACAGAUCCACAUGAACAAAAUACUUUCUAAAUCUAUUGAACAGUUAAAACAGCCCGGCAGCCUCGAAGAAGCCGAGGAAGAGCUUCAUGGAGAACAUUUGAUGCAGGAAGAAAGAGCGCCCUCUCUUGGUAGCAGCAUUAGGGAUGACAGCAGUAGCAUUUCUUCGGACAACAGACUGGGGCAGCCUUUAGGGGCUGUGAAGGUGAAAGAGGAACCACGGGACAGUGAUGAUGAUAUUCAAAGUCAGCAAGUGGAAUCUGGGGAGAAAGCUGCUUUUGUGCAACAGCAGAUCCUGGAGCGUCGGCGAAUCCAGCAGUUGCAAAUGUACCGGGCUCAGAUGGCUGCAGUUGGCAUGGCGCAAUUGGACAGACGCCAGCCCAUUGCCAGGACACAGUCUUCCCCAGCGACUCCUGCAUUACCUCACCCAGCGGCGGAUCAGCCUGUAGCUCAUAGCUUCAUGACUGGUGUUGCGUACGACACGCUAAUGUUGAAGCACCAGUGCAUGUGUGGAAAUUACAGCAACCACCCUGAGCACGCUGGAAGAAUACAAAGCAUCUGGUCGAGGCUGCAAGAAAGUGGCUUGCUAAACAAGUGUGAGCGGAUCCGAGGUCGAAAAGCCAGUCUGGAAGAAAUACAGCUGGUUCACUCUGAACAUCAUUCACUGCUGUAUGGCACCAGCCCCCUGAACAGACAGAAGCUGGACCCCAGGAAAAUCCUAGGCAGUGUGCCUCAGAAACUAUUUUCGUUGUUGCCCUGCGGAGGCCUUGGGGUGGACAGUGACACCAUUUGGAAUGAGCUGCAUUCGUCCGGUGCUGCACGCAUGGCUGUUGGCUGUGUCAUCGAAUUGGCUUCCAAAGUGGUCUCAGGAGAGCUGAAGAAUGGUUUUGCUGUUGUAAGGCCCCCAGGCCAUCAUGCUGAAGAAUCAACAGCCAUGGGGUUCUGCUUUUUUAAUUCGGUUGCAAUUACUGCCAAAUACUUGAGAGACAAGCUAAAUAUAGGCAAGAUAUUGAUUGUAGAUCUGGAUGUUCACCAUGGCAACGGUACACAGCAGGCUUUUUAUGCUGACCCCAGCAUCCUGUAUGUCUCUCUCCAUCGCUAUGAUGAAGGCAACUUCUUCCCUGGCAGCGGAGCCCCAAAUGAGGUUGGAAGUGGCCCUGGCGAAGGUUAUAAUAUAAAUAUUGCUUGGACAGGUGGCUUGGAUCCCCCCAUGGGAGACGCAGAGUACCUCACAGCAUACAGGACUGUGAUUAUGCCCAUCGCCUCUGAGUUCGAGCCCGACUUUGUCUUAGUAUCGGCUGGCUUUGAUGCCGUGGAAGGCCACGACCCUCCUCUAGGCGGGUACAAACUGACAGCUAAAUGUUUCGGUCACCUCAUCCAACAGUUGUUGACGCUCGCAGGUGGUCGCAUGGUACUGGUCUUGGAGGGAGGACAUGACCUUACUGCCAUCUGUGAUGCUUCAGAAGCCUGUCUAAAUGCCCUACUCGGAAAUGAGCUGGAGCCCCUGUCCGAGGACAUCCUCCACCGGACCCCAAACUUAAACGCCAUGGCUUCUUUGCAAAAGAUCACCAAAAUUCAUAGCAAGUACUGGAAGUCUGUGGAGCCUUACGUUGUGCCAGUUAGUUGUAAGCUGGCUGAGACUCAGAAACAAGAGACAGAGGAGACAGAGGCAGUCUCAGCUAUGGCCUUACUCUCGGUGGAUGUGGACCAGCCUUUCUCACAUGAACAUGCCAGAGCUGCCGGCGAGCCUAUGGAAGAAGAGCCAGCCUUGUGAAAUGCCAAGUUCUCUCUGAUAUUUCCUGUGUGUGACAUCAUUGUGUAUUUCCCCCUCCUCUUACCCCAAAAAAGCACCCUUAGACAUGUCUUGUCUGCUGCUUGGGUGGCAGAGAUCAGAUGGAGCAUAAACACUGGGCACAGAAUUCUGAACAGCAGCUUCACUUGUUCGUUGGAUGGACUUAAAAGGCUCUUCCGAGACUCCUUCGAUGUAACCGCUGCCAUUCUAAAGUUACAGGGAACCAGAGCUUGCAAAGCGAGCCUGAGCCUAGAGCCUGCUUUCGUGUGCUGUGUGAUCCACUUGCCGACCUAAAUGGUAGAAUAGAAACAUUAAAGCAAUUCUACAUUCUCAGCUAUGGUUGCCGAGGGAAAUUGAAAGCAGCCUGAGAAACAUCAAGGGGAGGAACAAAAUAGUGUCACAAAUCCCACCGCUUCUGACAUUUUGAACAUGUCUUACUGGAUCGGGUUUUGUUUUUCUUUGCAUUGUCAAAAGAGUCGAUAGGAUUGGUUUAAUGCUCCCGGUGCAAUGAAACAGUGGGCCGUUCCUCUGUAGUGCCAUUUUUGAAAUGCUGAGUCAGGAGGACUCAGCCGAAAGAGAGCUCUGCUCCACUGCUUUUCAGCUGUCCCCUAAUGAAAUGUGCAACAUUGCUCUUUUAAGUUAGCCCCAUUCCUCUCUUUUUGAGGGGGUUAUUUUGCUUUCUGUUCUCUCACUUUUCAUGUGGCAUUUUAUAAACCCGUGCAACAAAACGCUCUCCGCAAGGAGACAGAGAGAGAGAGAGAGCGGUGGUUUGACUCUGGGAGAAUGCUGCUCAGUUUGGAGCUGAUAUCAGCUAGUCAGUAUAUGAUUGCAAGAUAUUCCAGUUAGCUCACACACAAAAAUCCCCUGCCUUUACCUUGCUUUAAGCUGUUGCUCUGCUCCAGCUUCAAGGCAAGCAAGCAGAAGGGACCUUCCUGCAUUUCCCUCAAGGUUUGGUUGCUUCCGCAGAUUCCUUGUUUUUAAACCUGACCAGUGCAUCAGAUGUUCUUUUCUUUUUGAGGCUUUUCAAGGGUUGGAUCCUAGUUCUAAAACAACAACAACCCAAGAGGUGUCUCCUGUUAUUUAUUUUUCUCCUUCCAGUAUAGUGAGUAACUGUGGAUGCAUGACGAACUGUGCCUUUUGCUGAUAAUGAAAGUUUAAAACUCUCACACAUGUUGCCUUAUUGUCACAGAAAGGGAAAUAGCACUUAUUCAGAAUCGGAGAAUUUUUAAGGGAUGCAAAUAGUGAUAGAGGAGUUACAGUAGCUGUUUGUACCCUCUCCCCCCGACACACACACACACACACACACACACACACACACACACAUCCCUAAAGAACACAGUGCAUUAUUCUCUACCUUCCAUCAUUCCAUUUUGCAGUCUCCGAUAGCCUCCCUUUGUUUGAACGGCAAGUGAUGCUCUUCUUUUUUAUAUUUUCCAAGCUCAAAGGAUACAUUAAAGCCAUAAAUGAACACUGUCAUGCUUUUUAUUCAGAAAUCUGAAAGGGACCUUAAUUAGAACAAGAUUUUAGGGAAAGCUGUGGUAUGAAAGAUAUGGAACAAAUGUGGUUUGAGUUACAGCAGACUCAAACCUGUAAAUCAAAGAUGAAAGAUUUCACUCAAAUGGAAUUAUAUAAUUAUCUUUUGUUAUAUAGACGGCCUGCAUUCUCUCCCCACCUUCACCCCCGCAAUGUGUUUAGGUUUGUUUACAAUUAACAUUUUAAUUUGAAAGACUGUUUCCUUCUUAUAUGGAAACUGUUUGAUAUAACUUGGAAAUUUGAGGCGGUGCUUGAAAUAGGAAGUUGGAGGAGAAUUCAGCCCAGCUGAACAUGCCUUUAUGAAAGUGUUAUGAUAAGAUGGGCAUUUACAACUAAUUAUUUGAAAAAUCAAACCCUCCUCAAAGCUUUAUCAUCCAACUCCAGUUUUCCUGACUAUUGCAAGUAAUCUGAAGAACUUUAAACUAUCUGGAAAUGGAUACUGACUCUAGUGCUUUGAUUCCAAUAGGAUUACAUUUGUAAGGCAAUAUGUUCUAACUGCUUCUCUGAAUGAUCGUACUUGACAAAUUACUCCAAUUGUCUAAUAGUCGUCCUAUAAACAAUGCUUCAUGAAAAAUCAACCACCAUGCCUAAUGGUGUUUAUUAUUUGACUUUCAUGGUUUAAACUUGUGGCAUCAUAUUUUACACGGAAGUGCUGCAAACCUCCACUUAAUAGUUAUUCAAAUCCAUUCUUUUCCUUUUGAAGCCUCAUCUGAAAUUAAUGGAUAAAAUAGGAACAAUUAAGAUUUGCCCAUUUAGCUUUAAUUUUAUAGUGUGGAAAUGUGCCUGUUUUAGCUGCAGAGCACUCGGCUUAUUACAGAUACUUUGCGAAACUGUGCCAAAACAAAGCAGGAGUAAGUUCUGUUGAACGCAGGAGGAAUUCCUUCUGAGUAAACAUGCGUUUAUUAUCUGACUAUAAGCCAGACUCCUCUUUCGAUUUCACACAUGGCUGUGUGUAAUGCAUCCUCAUUUCGCCAUGCUAAAGCUAAGUUGAACAGCAACGUCAAAGCUACAGUCUAGGAACACUAGCUGCUGCAACACUGCUUCAGCUAAACAAGUUAAGAGCACAGGAAAGUGCCUUGUACUCUCUGUGUUAGCUCACCUAGCUCAGUAUUGUGUAAAAUGUCCUGGCAGGGGCUCACUAGGUCUUUAGGCAAAGGUCUUCCCCAGCCCUACCAGGUGAUGCUGUACCUGGGAGCUCCUGCAGGCAAAGCCGAGACUGAGCUACUGCCCUUCGGCUUGAUAUGGAUCAGGGAUUCAUGGUCAUCAAUCUGGGUUACUGGGAGCUCCAUGUGAUAUCAGGAUGUGCUUGCGAUAAGGAAACCGUUUAAAUACAGCAAGCAAAAGAAAACACCAGCCAACGAAUCCCCUCUUAUUAUUUUUGAAGCCCCAAACGUUGCACAUACAGAAAUGCUUUGGGCUGCCUCCAAGUUGUAUUCUGAACCUUUCAGAGGAGAAAAGUUCAUGCAUAUAGUUCAGGUGCCUGUCGAUAUGCUUGUGUGAUUUUGAAACCUUAUGGAGGCAUUGGAGAAUUCAAAGUAAUGGUUUGACUUCCAUGCAUAGGAUCAGGCUAUGUCCCUUUAAAACCAUGUUGGUCACAAGUAAGUCAGUUGCAAGGACAUAGCAAACUGGAUCAGUUCUAGGUGGGAGAGAGAGGGAUAUCGUUGUUGUCCCAUGAAUAAAUUACUGUAUGUGGUUCUAAGUUAGUCAGCUAUAACAGAGAAGCACUUUCAGACAAUGAAGAAAAGCAGUACAUAAGAAUGCAAAAUAUUGCACCAUUAAUUGCAAGAAGAAUAAAUGCCCAUAAUAAGUACAGAAGUUUUCACUUACACCAUACACUUAUGUGGGGGUUGUGUGUGUGUGUGUAAAACUCUCUUAAAGUACCGUACUGAUGCAACAUUAAGGCUGCAAAAUCCUAUCCAUGCUUACUAGGGAGUAAGUCCCCACAGAGGCAAGUCCCCACUGAAGUCAGUGGGGCUUGCUUCCGAAUAUACGUGCAUUUGAUUUGGCAGCAUAUUCUCCUAGGAAAGCACACAGAUAAUGCUUUUAAUUUUUCAAGGUCUUCCCAAUGGUAUUUAUUACAUUCCAGGCUGGCGUGCGCAUCUGCAGUAAGCGAGUGACACGCAGCCAGAUCCAAAUGUAGCUGACGCCAGCUAGAGCUUGGAGACAGACAACAGUUUUUUUAAAAAAAGGCAGUUGAAAGGAACUGUAGUGUGUCCACAGGUUUUUUUCAUUGUGCAGUUCCUUCUGAUCAAACAGCCUUUGCAGGUGUUUUCUUUUUGGGGGGAGGACCCCGAAAAGGGGGAACAAAAAGGAUGAGUGCACAGACCAUGAACAGUGAUCCCUAUUCAAACCACUUCCGACACACCUAUUGCAGACUUUCAAGACAGGAUCAAAACAGACGAGAGUGAUCUGGGUUCCCAUAGUUUUCAACUUAGAAGUAGUUACAGAGCUUCUCCUAGAAAUGGAGUUGGGACCACAGGGCUGGGUGUACUGCAUUAUAUUUCCCCACAUGUGAGUCCCAAUUGGAGAGGGUGGGGCACAGUUUUUAAGGCAGCUUGAAAGGGGCCUAGUUUAGAUUGGCGCAAGGUCAGGGAAAGAGUUAAGACCCCGCUCCCUCAGAUCCCCUCUGGCAAUCCAAUUUGGGGUGGUCCCACAGCUGUGCUUUGUUCAUAUUAAAACACCAGGAGAUCCAAUCACUGAUCCCCCACAUCUCAUCUGGUCUGGUCCUCAAGUGUCUCGUGAUAUUGACUGCGCUGCAGUGGAUAAGAUUCAUAUGAGUGAGUUAAACUUAAAUGUUUGAAUUCUGGAAGAGUUGAGUUUAAGAUGCAAAGCAGAAGUGACAAUUUAGAUACUUAGCAGCCCUUUCUAUCCCCGGAAUCUUUCCAUAGACUUUGAUGAACUUUUUAAAUCACUAUUUAAAAAAAGAAUAAUCCAUCUCUCUCAUUAUUUUUUCUGUUGCAAAGCUAUUUUAAAAUAUGAUGCCAUUAUUAUUAUUUUUAAAAUCAUCUGUUUACUAUAAGAUCACUUGAUAUGGAAAAGUAAAGUCAAUAUUGACUCCCUAGUUCACCCCCGCCUCCCACAACUUCCACUAUAAGGUAAACCUAGGUUGGGAGGGAGUAUAUUUUGCCUACUAUUCAAGGGCCAAAGCAGACGAGACUUUAAAAAUAACAGCCAUGGAGGCUCCCAAUCAGGGACAGGAACACAACACAUAGGUUUCUUCCUGCACAACAGACCCAAUUAAAAUCUCCCCCUUCCCUAAUGGUUAUUUUCCUUCAGAUUGAGGUUGCCAUUGACACCGGUGAAAGUUCCCUCCACACUAGGGAUGGAAGGAUCUGUCAGUGCUCUCCCACUGCUGUUCUAUUCUGGAAUUCCAGCUCCACAAAGCACCUUGGGUCACCCAAGGAACAAAAUCCUUAGGUGUCCCAAGUUGGUCUGUGGGGGUGAGGAAAGGGCCUGAUACUGGGACCACUUCAUUGUCAUUGUUGGUUCUCUCUGUUUCUCAUUUUUCAUGUCUUAUAUUCAGCUCUCCACAUUUUGCAACAACUUGUAUUUUUAAAAAACAACAAAACAAAACAAAAACACACAAAUCCUCAUGAAAAUUCAUCGGCGUUUUAGUGUGAAUGUCUCUUAACAAACACAUUUUUAUAUGCUGUAUUGACUAUUGCACACCCUUUUGCAAACAACCUCUCUGAUGUGUGUUUUUGAAUUCAUUUUUAUGCACACCUCCCCUAAAAUAAUCCAUUUUUGUAAGCAAUAUUUGGUUGGAGAAUUGCAUUGCAAAAUUCAGAUAAGUGUGAACUUGGAAGAAUAGUGGUCUUGUGGUUCUCAUACUGCUUUGGAAGUCAGCUGAAAUGCACACGGAAUCAAUUUUCUCCUCUAUCCCUACUCCCCACCCACACACUGCAGUCCCAGUCUUGGUCAGGCCCUACCACAGAUAUCAUUUUGUGAGUUAAAAAAAGCCAUGCAAAACUCAUAUGUGCAUUUAACACCUCAUCAGAUAAGGCACAAAGGCUUCACUGCCACUGGGAAUGUUUUAACUGAGCAAAGCUCAUCUAGGAUACUAUAAAAGGCACUAAAAGCAAUCAUCUUGGUAUGACAGGAGGAACCUGUGGAGCAUUAUUCUCAUUAUUAUUCCUGAUACGUUUUUGUAUCUGAGAGCAUCCAGUGAAUAACUGAAAGUCAUAUUGUGCUCCAAAUCUUUGUCUGUUGUAAAUAUGUAGGCUUUGGGAUUGCUUGAUGUAGUCUUCAAUCAGGCUGAAUGGGGGUGUGUGAGUUCCUUUGGUCUUGUGUUUUGUAUAAUUAUUUGGCUAUACUCUCAUUCUUGUGCGCAUUAAAAAAAACCCCUGUUUGAAAUAA